AUGGUUGGAGAAUCCCCUAUUCAUGAUGAAGAUCCUAAAACUCCUAAAACCCCUAUCAACACCACUGCCAAAACACUCGAUCCCUCUCAUCCCUAUUUUGUACACCCAUCAGAUAACCCCACUUCAGUCUUAGUUCAGCCGCUUAUGAAUGGUGACAACUAUAGCACUUGGGUUCGUGGUAUAACAAAAGCUCUAAGUGCUAAAAACAAAUUGGGUUUCGUCAAUGGAGUGCUUAUUGAACCAUCUUCAGAUGCUGAUGCUGAAAACCACCACAACUGGAAACGUGCUGAUGAUCUUGUUUCCAGUUGGAUAUGUCACUCCACUAUUCCUCAAAUCAAAACAACUAUUGAUUACUUACCUUCUUCAUUGGUUGUUUGGAAGGAUUUGAAAGAGCGUUUUUCUGAAACAAGUGCUCCCAAGCUUUUCCAACUUAAGCAAUCCAUUGCUUCUCUCAAACAAACUGAUCAGUCAUUGUCUUCUCACUACACCACUAUAAGAGCCUUAUGGGAUGAAAUAGAUUCCAUUCGUCCUCUCCCAAACUGCAUCUGCGGAGCCAGCAAGCAAACCCUUGAACUUAUGGAUCAGGAUCGUGCUAUGGAGUUCCUCCAAAGUCUCAAUGAUUGA